AGAUCCGAGAACUUCCACCUCACACCGGGAGGACUCCGAUACACGCUCUCAUGCCCCGCCCACCCGGGAACUUCCGGAGACGCCCCCCCUACGUCACUGUGGCCGGAGCUCUUCUAUUGGUGGAGCGGAGGGGCGGGGCUAGAUGCCGAAGGUCAGCGGUGUGUACAGGUGCCUGCAGUGACAGCGGAGAUCAGCGGCAUCAGCACCGAUAUGCCCUAUAUACUGAUCAGCACCCAGAUCCGCAUGGAAAUCGGGCCUACGAUUGUCGGCGAUGAAGGCUCCGAUCCACAGUUAAUGGCGCAACUUGGAGCCGUCAAAAGGACCGUGCUGGGGAAUAACUUUGCAGAAUACGUGGUGAAUGAGCCCCCACGGGUGACGUUGGACAAACUUGAAAUUCUGGGAUUCCGGGUGAUCAGCAUGACGGGCGUAGGGCAAACACUGGUCUGGUGUCUCCAUAAAGAGUAGGAACCAACGAGAACGGCUUCAUGUUACAUCACAGCGGAUCAGCGACAGAUCUGGACAGCUGAGACUCCAUGGACCUGACUACACGGAGGCGCCGCGCACAUCUUAUAGGGCGAUGUUCACAUGGGGAAGAUUUGUUGCUGAAACAACCGAAAAUCAUUUCCAUAUAUUUACAUGUGGUCGGUGCCGGAGCAUUGAGGUCUGUGACUGUGUACGGGACAGUACGGAAAGUAUCGGCAACAAGUCCGCUGCGUGUGAACCCCCCCCCCCCAGGGGGAAAUGCAUCCUUUCCUGCACCAGGGCAGAGUGGGAACAUUUUGCGUAAAAAAAAAAAAUAAAUAAACUAUAAAAUAAUAAUUUAAACAAAUAAAAAUAAAUAAAUAAAAUUAAAAAAAAAAUACAAUUUCGCCAACUGUGCGCAAGGAAUAUCACAUUAUUUCUAGGGGUAAAGAUGAGAACUAUGGCGCACUUCGCUACAGAUGGCACAGAACUGUUCAAUUUACCCCUUAUGGUGCCAGAACAGAAAAAAACAAACAAAAAAAAAAAACACAUGACAUACUAUUUGGGAAACACCACCCCUCAAGGAACAUAACAAGGAGUACAGUGAGCAUUAACACACCACACAUGUUUGACGAGAUUUCGGUAAAGUCAAAUGUGUAAAUGAAAAAAAAAAAAAUCACUAAAAUUAUGUUUUUUUUUUCCCAAAAAAUUUCACUUUUAUUUUAUUUUUUUACAAGAAGUAAUCGGAGAAAAUGCCCCCCAAAAGUUGUAACCCCAUUUCUUCUGAGUAUGGAAAUACCCCAUGUGUGGAUGUAAAGUGCUCUGCGGGCGAACUACAGGGCUCAGAAGAGAAGGAGUCACAUUUGGCUUUUUGAAAGCAAAUUUUGCUGAAAUUGUUUUUGGGGGGCAUUUAGGAAGCCCCUGUGGUGCCAGAACAGCAAAAAAAAACAAAACCCACAUGGCAUACUAUUUGGCAAACAACACCCCUCAAGGAAAUCCUCCCUCUGGCUCCUUUGGGGAAGAGUUUGCAGCUCCUGCUCCUCCCCCUCGCUUCUUGGGGGGGCAGAGUUUCUAUCUAUUACUCCUCCCUCUGUGUGUACAAAGUAGGGUUGCCCAAACAGUGUGUCUCCAGCCCUUGCAAAACUACAGCAGGGCAUGCUGGGAGUUGUAGUUUUGCAAGGGCUGGAGACACCCCGUUUGGGAAAACAUUGUUCUAAGUAUCCUCUGUAUCCUGUGCUCCGGCAGGGACACCUCUCGAUUGGGUCACUGUUUUAUUAUUUCCAGGAAAAGAGGAGUCAGCUGAGGGACAGAACGGCCUCUCCUAGUCUAAUACUAAUAUGAAGGGGAUGCGGCGCUGGGCUCACAGUUUUGUCCCAUGCCAUCUGGUGGUGUAGAGGAGUACUGCACAUAGACGAGUCCGGUUGCAGUUCUCUGCACAACCAGAUGGAUGGGGGAGUGCUGCUGUGCAGGUAAAAAAAUUACAUCAGCAGUGGUCGAGUACUACAAGUGCCUGCAUCCCCUUAAUUCUCAUGAUCAGUCCAGGACCCAGAGGUCGGACUCCCCCAUUAAUCAUCCCCUAAAGAUGUCUAGGGCGGCACUCAGUACCAAGGAGAAUACCUGUUAUGUGUCGCCCCCUCAAGCCUCUACUCAGAAUAACAGUUUUGACUUGAUACACGGAACAAAGAAGAACCUCAUACGGCCCCAUAAAAGUGCCAGCCACACAGUGAUACCCAUAAAUGUGUCACCCAUGUAGUGCCAGCCACACAGUGAUACCCAUAAAUGUGUCACCCAUGUAGUGCCAGCCACACAGUGAUACCCAUAAAUGUGUCACCCAUGUAGUGCCAGCCACACAAGUCAUACCCAUAAAUGUGUCACCCAUGUAGUGCCAGCCACAUAAGUCAUACCCAUAAAUGUGUCACCCAUGUAGUGCCAGCCACACAGUGAUACCCAUAAAUGUGUCACCCAUGUAGUGCCAGCCACAUAAGUCAUACCCAUAACUAAGUCAUUAAUAUAGUGAACCCAUGUAGUGCCAGGCACAGUGAUGCCCAUAGCUCUUUCAGCUAUAUUACACACUCCUGUAGUGCCAGCCAUAGUGAUGCCCAUAACCGUGUCAUCCAUAUAGUGCACCCAUGUAGUGCCAGCCAUAGUGAUGCCCAUAACUGUGUCAUCCAUAUAGUGCACCCAUGUAGUGCCAGCCAUAGUGAUGCCCAUAACCGUGUCAUCCAUAUAGUGCACCCAUGUAGUGCCAGCCAUAGUGAUGCCCAUAACUGUGUCAUCCAUAUAGUGCACCCGUGUAGUGCCAGCCAUAGCGAUGCCCAUAACUAUGUCAUCCAUAUAGUGCACCCAUGUAGUGCCAGCCAUAGUGAUGCCCAU